CGUCCCUACAUCCCGGUGUCCAUGCUGACAAGAUCUGUAGCUCAGCAGGCGCUUAGAAACAUUAUACUGUUGUCAAUUGCAUAGAAUUGGUACCGAAUUUAAUACUGCUUCUAUCGGAAAAGAUGGAUGAGCUUGAUGGAACAUCACAGGCCCGUGGAGAGGAUGAUGAUGCUUCGCUACUGAGACCUUUGCAAAGGUAUGAUGACGAUGACUAUGAUUAUGAUUGGUGGUCAGAUCCAGAAGGCCGUCUGAUUGAAGGCGCAAAUGACCAGCAUUCUAUUCAUCUACCUUCUUCUCCUGAGUAUGAGACUGAGCCCGGGUUAAGCCCAGACAGCAAUCUUCAGGAGGGCCAUUUCCCGACGCCUAUGUCGAUUGACCAAUAUCCGGGCAUACCAAUCACCCCGUCUCAAGAUGCUUUUGAAUCAAGCAAUGCUAUGUUGACUCAUGGCGCUCCCAACCCCUUGAUGUAGUUGGGGGGUCAGUCAUGGCCUAACUCCGAAUCCCAUACCCUUGGGUCGGCUGUGUGUUAUGAUGCGGGAUUGCCAGGGGAUGAUAAUAUC